AUGUUGGAUACCUUCCAGGUCUGGAGCGAAGAGUUUGAGUUAUGUAUCCAAGAUCUUGAGGAGCUCGAGCCGCUCGCAUCACUUUCAGCACUUGAGGUUACAAGCCAGAUUUCAUUGAUCUCCCUAUGCCCAGCGUUCCGACCUGCGUGCAGCACUAUGCGACCUGUAAAGGCAUGCUUGCAGUGCAGGAGUGGAAAGCGAAGAUGCGACCGGACAGGCGAUUUGGCAUGUUCUCAAUGUAUCCAGCGAAACCUGCCAUGCUCAGCCGCCAUCAAUAGCCUCCAGUCCGCAAAGUCCCUUCCUCCAGUUGUAUCAACUCGUUCCAGCGAAGAGACCAUUCACUUGGUCGAUCUCUACUUUCGAUUCAUUCAUGACCAGCCUCACAGCCUCUUUCACCAGCCCUCCUUCAAAGCAAGCGUCGUCGCGGGCACCGCCUCUCAGCCUGUUCUUCUGAGCAUGAUGGGCAUGGCGGCACGGUUUGCCACACAGCCCGACAUACGCUCCCGCGGGCCCGUGUAUUGCACCCAGGGAAAGGUGGCGUUGAAGGACGAUCUCGAGCAUAUCUGCAUCGAGAACAUCCAAGCGUGUAUCCUGGUGGGAAACAACUUUAUGGGUGAUUGUCACGCAGAUGUUGAGUCGUUAUACUUUGCACUUGCCAAUCGCAUGGCUCAGAUGCUCAAUCUUGGCGUUUGCAACGAGGCUGAUGACGGAAUCACGCGCGAAACAAAACGCCGCAUAUUCUGGACUUUAUUCAUCACCGACACCUGGGCCAGUGGUGGUUCAGACCUGUCGCGCCAGUUCGGAUGGCAAGCCAAGCAGCCGCGGGUGCCCAUGGACGAAUACGUCUUCUCCAUGAUGAUGCCAGGAGACCCAGAUAUCGCUGAUUUGGAAUGGAGGCCCGGCCUAUGGGGGCACAUGGUGAGACUGGUCAAGAUAUACACUCAGAUACAACAACUUCACAGGGAGCUCGCCGAGACAGACACGUGGGACGAGGCUCUGAUGGAUGCGUCGGUUCGACGCCUCGAAGCCGAUCUCGACGCCUUUGAGCAGAACCUCGACCCCGGGUUAACAUUCUCCAUGGAAAACCUGGCAGCGUUUGUAAGCCAGGGCCUCGGCAGCGUCUUUAUUGCUUUCCAUCUAGGCUAUCAUCACUACUACACGCUGCUCUUCUACCAGUACCUCGACCAGCGUCGGCCUUCUACGAGGAACGGCAAGAAAUAUGCAGAUCGCUGCAAAACUCACGCGGCGAUUAUAUGUGAUGUGCUCAAAGCCUCGCGGGAGGUUCCCGGAGCCCCGGCACUGUACAACAUUGUGGGCCAUGUCACGAUUGUAUCUUCUUCGGUGCUGCUGCACACGUACCUGUUCGGCGAGCCUCAUGAGCUCGAAGACUCCAAGAGUCGCCUUGAAUCGAACCUCAAGUCACUGGUACAACUACGAAGCUACUGGCCGAGCGUGGAGCUUAUGAUAAAUCGACUGGUGGUGUUCCAGAAGAAUUGCAUAAGAUCUCUCAGCAGAAACACCCACCGCUUUGACAAGUGGAUGGUCAAGUUCCUCAUUGCACAUUCUUUGGCACUUGAGGACAAGGCGGAUAAUGCGUGGCCUGAUUCCGAUGCGAGCCAACUUGGAAAUGUUCACUUUGAAAGGAGCCGCGUUACUCAAUCUAUGAUGAUGGACAUACAGAACUCGGAAACUUUUGGAGGAGCCGCAGGGUAG